UUCAGGUGGGGGGAAAAAGGUGAAGUGUGAAAGAACGGCAUCGAAAAUAAUUCUGUUAUCGUUUCAUCUGGAAAAAUAUUUAAUGAAAAUAACUCUGAACAUUAGCAAAGGUGUUUAAUCUGUGAAGAAAACGUGCCUGAUUAUGGCAUCAGACGAGGAAGUCGACGAGUCUUUUACCGGAGAGAACGAAGAUCUUCCCGAUGAUAACAUAGGCGAUCAGAUUGAUAACGAAGACGACGAUGACGAACCAAUUGUAAAAGGCGCAGAUGAGGAUGACGAUUACGAGCCCGAUGAUUCUCGCAAAAAAAAUAAGAAAGGUAAAAAAAGAAAAGCACGUGGUGAAGAGAAAAGGGGCAGGAAAAAAAAGAAAAAGAAGAAGAAUGAUAGUGGGGAUGAAAGUGAUUUUGUGGAUGAAGACAAUGCAGACUCCGAUUACAGUACUAACAAAAAAUCCAGUAGAAAGUCCAGAAGUUUAAAACAUACAUCGGCACCAACAACGCCUUCCACAGAGUCCUCUUCAAAUACAGGUAUGCCUACAAUAGAAGAAGUUUGCUCCACCUUUGGCUUGACUGAUGUGGAAAUUGAAUAUUCUGAGCAGGAUAUGCAAAAUUUGACAUCAUACAAACUAUUUCAGCAACAUGUCAGGCCACUGUUAACAAAGGAAAAUCCAAAGGUCCCGAUGUCGAAACUCAUGAUGUUGGUGGCUGCCAAGUGGAGAGAAUUCUCAAAUAUAAAUCCCAACUUGCAAUCAGAUAAUAAUGAAGCAGGCACCCCAGCUCCAUCCAAUGCAUCUUCAGAAGAUACUUUCCCUAAACCAAGUAGAUCUAGAGCUUCAAAAGAGGCGGCCGCUAAAUUUGUUGAGGCAGAAUCUGAAGCAUUUGAAGAAGAUGAUGAAGAGGAGGAUGAAGAUGAUGGAAGGAACAGAAAAAAACGGGGCAGGGCUUCCAAGAAAGCGUCAAAAAAAGCUUCAAAGGUUCCUACAUUGAAAAUAAAGUUGGGCAAACGUAGGCGCGGUAGUUCAGAAGAGGACGAGGCUAGCAACGGGGGCUCCGAUAAGGAUUCCGACGUCGAAUUUGAGCAGAUGCUUCAGGAUGCGGACGAACCAAAAUCUAAAUCAAGCAACGACAACGACGCGGGCUCUUCCAAGGCCCCGUCCGAAGCGGCUGACGAUACGCCCCAACCUAAACGCAAAGCCAAAACCAAGAUUGGAAACAAGACUAAAAAGAAGAAGAAGAUUAAACAGAAGGACGAAGAACCGUAUGAACAUCAGGAUUACUGUGAAGUGUGUCAGCAAGGUGGUGAGAUAAUUCUGUGCGACACUUGUCCGCGCGCAUACCAUCUGGUUUGUCUGGAACCUGAACUAGACGAAGCGCCCGAAGGCAAAUGGAGUUGCCCACAUUGCGAAAGCGAGGGACCGGUCGAUCAGGACGACGACGAGCACCAGGAGUUCUGUCGAGUUUGUAAAGAUGGCGGCGAACUGCUGUGUUGCGAUUCAUGUCCAUCAGCCUACCACACCCACUGUCUUAACCCGCCGCUGACCGAAGUGCCGGACGGCGAUUGGAAAUGUCCGAGAUGCGGCUGUCCGCCCUUGAAGGGCAAAGUCGCCAAGAUUCUCACUUGGAAAUGGGUAGAGAUCCAGCCAAAGGAUAAGGUCGAUAAAGAUGAACCGAGACACAGACGCAGGGAGUUUUUCGUCAAGUGGCAAGAGCUGUCUUACUGGCACUGCAGCUGGAUCACGGAGCUCCAGUUGGACGUUUAUCAUCCAUUGACAUUUAGGAGUUAUACAAGGAAAUGGGACAUGGAAGAACCUCCCAAACUGGAAGAACCAGUCGAUGAAGCAGACACUAGAUGCGUUCGCUUUAUGAAGAUGGGCGGUGCCAGGGAUGAUGAGCUGGAAGAAAAGUACUACAGAUACGGUGUAAAGCCUGAAUGGCUCAUCGUGCAUCGCGUAAUCAAUCAUAGAACCAUGAGGGACGGUCGAACUCUGUACUUGGUCAAAUGGCGAGAACUGUCCUAUGACCAAGCGACGUGGGAGGACGAAAACGAAGACAUUAUCGGUUUGAAGGCGGCCAUCGAAUAUUACCAAGACUUGAGGGCCGCGUGCACCAGCGGUUCCGGAUCGAAAUCUAAGAAAAGUAAAGGGAAAAGCAAGUCGAAAACGCGCGAACUGAUGGACGACGACGACCGGGUGACCCCUCGGCGUUUCACGCCGCCUCCCGACAAGCCGAUAAGCGAUCUUAAGAAAAAAUUAGACAAGCAGCCGUUGUAUUUGGACGAGUGCGGGAUGCAGCUUCACGAAUAUCAGCUGGAAGGUUUGAAUUGGUUGCGGUACUCGUGGGCGAACAACAUCGACACCAUUUUGGCCGACGAGAUGGGUCUCGGAAAAACAAUUCAGACAAUCACGUUCUUGUAUUCCUUGUACAAAGAGGGGCACUGCAAGGGGCCGUUUUUAAUCAGCGUCCCAUUGUCUACGAUCAUUAAUUGGGAGCGUGAGUUUGAAACUUGGGCUCCAGACUUUUACUGUAUCACUUAUGUCGGUGAUAAAGAUUGUCGGGCAGUAAUUCGAGAGAACGAGUUAAGUUUCGAAGAGGGGGCAAUCGCAAGAGGCCGAGUUUCGCGCAUCAGAUCAAGUUCCAUUAAGUUCAACGUUCUCCUGACCAGUUACGAAUUGGUUACAAUCGAUUCGCCUUGCUUGGCGUCCAUCGAUUGGGCGGUACUUGUGGUCGACGAAGCCCACAGGUUAAAGAGCAACCAGUCGAAAUUUUUUAAGAUUUUGAGUAGCUACAGCAUCCAGUACAAACUUCUGUUGACCGGCACCCCACUUCAGAACAACCUGGAGGAGUUGUUCCACUUGUUGAACUUCCUAAACCCUCAGAAGUUUAACGAUCUGCAGAUAUUCCAGAACGAGUUCGCCGACAUUUCCAAAGAGGACCAGGUGAAAAAACUGCACGAGAUGCUGGGCCCGCACAUGUUGCGUCGUCUGAAAGCCGACGUAUUGAAAAAUAUGCCCUCGAAAUCCGAGUUUAUCGUGAGGGUCGAGCUCAGUCCGAUGCAAAAGAAAUAUUACAAGUACAUUUUGACGAGGAAUUUCGCGGCGUUGAAUCCCAAGGGCGGAGGCCAGCCCGUUUCUCUACUCAACAUCAUGAUGGACCUGAAAAAAUGCUGCAACCAUCCGUAUUUGUUCCCCGCAGCGGCGGAAGAAGCUCCCAUCGGCGCCCACGGACAAUACGACAUUCAACAUUUGACCAAGGCUGCUGGAAAGCUCGUGCUGCUCUCCAAAAUGUUGAAAAAACUGAGGGACCAGGGCCAUCGUGUGCUAAUUUUCUCCCAGAUGACGAAAAUGUUGGACAUCUUAGAGGACUUCCUGGACGGCGAGGGUUACAAAUACGAGCGUAUCGACGGCGCGAUUACGGGCAGCCAGCGUCAAGAGGCCAUCGAUAGAUUUAACGCCCCCGGCGCGCCUCAAUUCGUGUUUUUGCUUUCUACCCGCGCCGGCGGUUUGGGCAUCAAUCUGGCGACGGCAGACACCGUCAUCAUAUACGAUUCCGACUGGAACCCGCAUAACGACAUUCAGGCGUUUUCGAGGGCCCACCGAAUCGGCCAGGCCAAUAAAGUGAUGAUUUACCGAUUCGUGACGAGAAACAGCGUGGAAGAAAGGGUGACCCAGGUGGCAAAGAGGAAAAUGAUGUUGACCCAUUUGGUGGUGAGACCCGGGAUGGGCGGCAAAGGUUCCAACUUCACCAAACAGGAACUGGACGAUAUUUUGCGGUUCGGCACAGAAGAACUGUUCAAGGAAGAGGAGGGUAAAGAAGAGGAGGCGAUCCAUUACGACGACAAAGCGGUGGAAGAGCUGCUGGACCGGUCCAAGGAGGGUAUUGAGCAGAAGGAAAGCUGGGCCAACGAGUACCUCAGCUCGUUCAAGGUCGCAAGUUACGCGACGAAAGAGGGCGACAACGAGGAGGAGGUUGAUACCGAGAUUAUCAAGCAGGAAGCUGAAAAUACAGAUCCGGCUUACUGGAUAAAGUUACUGAGACACCAUUAUGAACAGCAACAAGAGGACAUAGCCCGGACCCUAGGCAAGGGCAAACGGGUCAGAAAACAGGUGAACUAUAACGACGGUGGCAUGACGACCGACACCCGAGAAGACACCACGUGGCAGGAGAACCUUUCCGAUUACCAUUCCGAUUUCUCCGCCGGAUCCGACGAAGACCGCGAGGAUGACGAUUUCGACGAGAAAAACGACGGCGACCUGAUCAGACGAAGUAGGAGACGCAUGGAAAGGAAGGACGAAAGAGACAGACCGCUGCCACCGUUGUUGGCCAGAGUCGGGGGCAACAUCGAAGUACUUGGUUUCAACGCCAGGCAGAGAAAGGCGUUCCUUAACGCGAUCAUGCGCUACGGUAUGCCACCGCAGGACGCAUUCAAUUCUCAGUGGCUGGUGAGGGAUCUGAGGGGCAAAUCGGAGAAGAAUUUCAAAGCGUAUGUGUCCCUGUUUAUGAGGCAUUUGUGCGAACCCGGCGCGGAUAACGCCGAAACGUUUGCCGACGGCGUACCCAGGGAGGGGCUUAGCCGGCAGCACGUGCUGACUAGAAUCGGCGUGAUGUCCCUAAUACGCAAGAAAGUACAAGAGUUUGAGCUGAUUAAUGGCGCGUACAGUAUGCCCGAGCUUAUCAAGAAGACACUGAUUGAGCAGAACAAGAGUAGCAUCGCAUCUAACGAAGGGGAAACUCCGAAGAGUGCGACGACGAGCACCAGCGCGACUCCAGCGACUAGCGCCGCCCCCAGCCCGGCACCCAACGCUCCCUCCGAAUCGGCGGACAAGGAAAAAGAAGGUGAAGAAGGCAAAGAGAAAGAGGUAAAGCAAGAAACUAAAGGGGCCGUUGGAGAAAAGGAAAAGUCGCCGGAAGAGGACCGUGCAGAACAAAAAGACGAUAAGGACUUCGUUGCCGCCGUUAAAUACGAACCGAAAGAAGAACGCACAGAGGAAGGGGAAGAAAAGAAAGAAGAUAAAGACGAGGUUAAGAGGGAAGAAACAGACCCGAAAGUCGAGCCUAAGAAAGAAGAAGAAGAGAAGGGAGUGAAAAAGGAAGAGGAAGAGGACAACAAGCACGACAAGGAGAAGGUUAAACUGGAAAAGAAGGAAUCUGAGGAGGUCGUGUUAGUUGAUGAAGAUAAGGACACAAAGAAGGAGGCUAAGAAAGACGUGGACAUCGUCGCGUCGGAAGGCAAAAGAAAGUUCAUGUUCAACAUUGCCGAUGGCGGUUUCACGGAGCUACACACCCUGUGGCUGAACGAGGAAAAAGCGGCCACGCCUGGUCGCGAAUACGAAAUUUGGCACCGACGUCACGACUAUUGGUUGCUCGCCGGUAUCGUCACCCACGGUUAUGGCAGGUGGCAAGACAUUCAGGCGGACGCUCGUUUCGCGAUCAUAAACGAACCGUUCAAAAUGGACGUCGGCAAAGGUAAUUUCUUGGAGAUCAAGAACAAAUUCUUGGCCAGGCGAUUCAAGUUGCUGGAGCAGGCGUUGGUGAUUGAAGAGCAGCUGCGCAGGGCGGCGUACCUGAACCUCACGCAAGACCCGAACCAUCCGGCGAUGUCCCUGAACGCCCGUUUUGCCGAAGUCGAGUGCUUGGCGGAGUCCCACCAGCACCUCAGCAAGGAGUCGCUGGCCGGAAACAAGCCCGCGAACGCGGUGCUGCACAAGGUGCUUAACCAGCUGGAAGAGCUGCUCAGCGACAUGAAAUCGGACGUGUCUAGGCUGCCGGCGACUCUGGCUCGAAUCCCGCCGGUCGCUCAGAGGCUGCAAAUGUCGGAGAGGAGCAUCCUCUCGAGACUGGCCGCCACCUCGUCAUCGAGUAGCCAGUCCACCAUUCUAGCACAAGUGAUGAGUCAGUUCCCACCGGGUUUUAACGCGGGCAGCUUGUCUGGAUUUAGUGCGGCUGCGGCUAACUUCGCCAACUUCAGACCGCAGUACUCGGUACCGGGGCAGCCACCAUCUGGGUUCCCAUCAUAAUAAAAUAAUUUGCUGAAUGGGGUUUUUCAAGGAAGCCGUCUCCAAAACACAUUUUUGCUCACAGAUAAGCCGAACUCGGGCUUUUGCUGUCCUAGUGAAUAUAAAUUUGCUUCUUCUAUUUAUUUAGGUUCAAAUUUUAUCGAAUCUUAAUUUAUUGACCUAAAAUUAACGCUCCUAAGUUCUACUUCGUUUGAAAAUCGUUGCCGGUCUAUCUGCCACGGGAUCAGUUUUUCGAGUGAUGACACAGUUUGAGUUAUUUAUGAAAAAUUCAUUUUUUCUGUAAGACCAAAAUUUUCCUGAAAUAUUCUUUGCAAAAAUUGUGAUACUGAGCAAAGACCAUUAUAUUGGUCAACACCUAUUAAGACAGUUUAAUAAAAAUAUGUGGCCAUGUUUUUUUAAUCUGUUUAAGAUGAAUUUAUUUUCAUUUUGACUUUGUAUCACUUAUUAUCUAUUUUUUAAAUUAUAUUUUGCGUAAUUUUUGUCUGAUAAAGAGGCAAAACAUAAUGGCUCUACUGAUUAUAUUGCGUCGGUAGUGUCACUAUCGUUAUAACAUAGAUAUCAAAAUUGAAUUAAUGUGGUGUUUAGACUAUCUACCAUUUUCACCUCACAAGUAUUUACUUACUUACCUGUUGUUUUAUGUGAUCCUUCUAUAAAAUAUUGUAUGCUGCUGUCGGUGAGAACGAUUUUUUUUCUUCGGUAUAAUUUGUAGGCGAAUAGCAAUAGGAAUUUGUUAAAUAUUAAGAAGUCCACUUUUUUUUGAAGGUGGUAGGAUUUUUUAAAUUGGUAAUAUGUUUGUUCUUGAGCAUUCCUCAACACAAAUAAAAUACUGUGG